UGUCAAACAUAUCUAGAAGUUGGAGGUAAUUGUUUCGACAAAGUAAUCGCCAAUAAUUUCAUACGUAGGACGUCAUGGGAUUCAUUUAUAGUCGUCACCAGUUCCUCCUACCCACGCGAAAACUGUUGCAUAUAUGUAUGCCGGCAUAGUGGACGACAAGUUCUCACAAUCUGACCAUGGCACGCGUCGCGCUCUCCACUCUGUGCGCCCUUCUGGUGACAGUUAUGGGUGUAAACCUGGGUUUGGUCCCUCAGCUGCUCGCAGCAGAGUCAAAUCAAGUCAUGGUAGGGAACGAAGGGCAUGGUGAGCAAGAGAAGGGGCCGACACUUCGAUUACUGCGGGCGCCUGUAGGCUUUCCGGACGAAGAUGCCAGCACGCUGCCCGUCCAUGUGGCCGGGCUACAGGAAGAAGUCCUCGGGGACGGCCCCUACUACGUGGUCCCGUUGAUGCCGUCCGACCGUACGAUGGCGGGGCCGAGCCAUCGUCUACCGAUCCAGCUCCUCAGCGACGACCUACUCAGCGCCCUGCGCGGCAAGAGAGGGGAGAGGGGGCGGCGAGGACGAGUGGUCCGGGUGUACGACCGAGCCACCCGCCGCUGGUACCGCUACUUUAUCCCCUCCCUCUCCAUGAACAACGUUUUCGGGCAGUUCCGGCCAUCCAGGCGGACCCGGGGCGAGCCUCAUGACGCCGAGCCGGGAACCGACUACGGACAGGGCGCCGAGACCGAACAGGAAGGGGGCAGCAGGCCCUGGUGGAAGGACGCAGAGGAAGAAACGGGCUCUUUCGAGGCCCGCGGCUACUACUGAAGACAACUGGCACCAUGGUGGCCAUCAGUGGGAAUGCAGAGAUACAGCAGCAGUAGCUGAGCCGAAGAAGAGACGACUGACGUUCUCAGGACAAGCUCAAGGCUCAGGACUUUCACUAGAAAAUCUUAAGGAAUAGACUGCAGAUCGUAGCGAAUUAAUCUCCGUAUCUACGAUUUCACUGAAGAACAGAGAUAAGAACAAAAAAGGAACUCACUCUGCGGGCAGAACGUCCUUGUUUUGUUCGCUCACGCUCAUUGCAUUAUGCCAAAGAACUGUCUUUAACUGGUAAUAGGUAGAAAAACGCCUUAGAAUAUGAUCAUGGGUUCUUUUUACAAUUUCUGUACCUAAAAAAAUUGGUCACAUCCUUCCAUGCCACCAUCACUCAGAGUAUAUGUUGGCGAAUGUUGACUCCUCUCUCAAAUUGCACAAGCUACGAUACAUUGUUAAACUUGCUCGUGUCAUUCCUUUGGAAUUCGCUUCGCCAAUCUGUUAAGGUAGAGUCUAUCCAACUUGUCAAAUUGAAAUAGUGCAACAAUCCAUUCCCUGUCUACCUCGUGCAAGACUUCCCGGGUUUCCGCUCAACGUGAAUUACCAGAAUGAUUAAAAUUACGUUGACGAAAGCCGCUGUAAUACUGUUUUGACGUGAACGCCACGGGACGUCCCGACGUUGGAAAGCGUGUCAGCGACGUUCCGACGUGCGUGACGUAAUAGCGAGUAAUUGCGACAUUUGAGAACGUCACUCCGUAAAGGCUUGUCAGGAGGGAGCCGGUUCCUUCCCGCCAAAAAUAUGGCAGCCUGUCGUUUGUCACAUUCUUGCUACAUGGAUUUGUGGCAGGACUAUUAAUAUAAAAUCACAUGUAAACUGUUUCUAGACGUGAAAGAACUGCUUGUAGUUAAUGAAAAGUGGAUUUUGUAGG